AAGGGAGGUAAACCGGAUUUUGACGAGAAGUCCGAUCCCGAUGCCUUUAAAACAUUUUUCUGUAUUGUGUACACUCAUUCAUACAAAAACUAUCCGAAAAGGACUAUGCAAAUGAAAUAACAAAGUUGGCUUGAAAGGCUCAAUAUUCCAAAUUCAACAAUCAACAAAAACCACAUUGUUUAGUAUUCGACAGGACAAAAUAUGCAAAACUACCCACCAAGAAUGAUUAGUCAACUGGGGGUUGAACGAAGACGGUCCUCUAUCGCCCAAAUAGUGUCAAACACUCUCAUCAUGGGCAAGGCGUCCAAACCCUCAACUACGUCACUCAUGAGAGGUCAAGGUCGACUUAUCCAGUCCCAGUCCCCCGAGGGAGAGUUGGUGGACGAUAUGUACCUGGAGGAAUUGAUGCACCCCGCGGAGAGCAGUUCUAAUUCAACUAAAAAGAAGACGAACAUAAGAGCUAACCUGGGAUUUUUUGGACUCCUUCUCCAUGAUUUCAAGAUCUGGAAAAAGCGAUGGAAAAAUAAACAAAUAGAGGAACCGUUUUUCAGACGAGAAAUAAAAGAAAUCGAGAGUAACUUUGGUUCCAGUAUCGGAGCCCUCUUUGUCUUCACAAGAUGGGUUUUGAUGACAAAUCUGGUGCUGUCUGUUUUCUGGACCAGUCUAGUUGUCGUUCCCAUGGCAAUAUCAUUCCCCUAUAGUAAUGUCACACAAGGGUUUGCUUUGGGAAAUAUAGUGGAUGGUCAGGGAGUGUUGGGAGAGGUGUGGAUGUUUUACGGGGGCUAUCAGUACCGCGCCCUGGGGGGGAUGUACCCCCUCGCCCUUGCCUACCUGUUCCUCAUCAUCCUCACUUACUUUGGCACGCUUUUUGUUAUUAUGAAAAGUGUAGCACGAGCCGCGUCCCCACGGUCCAGUACAGCCGCCGAAACUCGAUUCAAGUUCUCCCUCAUGACGCUUUCUUCAUGGGACUACUCUGUGACGUCACCGGAAGCUAGUAUUAAUCUGUCUAAAGGAAUUGUCAGUAUGUUCAAGGAUCACAUAUAUGAAGUUAAGGCUAAAGAAGCAGCGGAUAAAUUUACAAAUAAAACCAAGAUAUAUGCCCUGAGAGUCCUCGCUUGGAUCAUUACCAUACUGAUAAUCGGUGGAGCGUGUACAACAAUUGUGUUUCUCGUCGUCUAUGUCAAUUUCUCGGACCAGUCAACAGGAUCAAGGGAAAGAGAGAGUGAUUUUGUUCAUGUGUACGGCACCACAAUCGUAUUCAGUCUCAUUAAUAUGCUUGUUCCUCCAAUCAUAACAAAGUUACCAUCGAUGGAGAGGUAUCCCAGUGGUAAGAUGGAGCUGAGCAUCACCCUGGCCCGGGUCUUCUGCCUACGAAUGGCCAACCUGUUUGCUCUGAUAGUUACUCUAUACAGUCGUCUCACAAAGUUACCGUAUGACUGCGCAGGAACUGUUAUUGGGCAAGAGCUCUAUAAACUGGUUGUCAUGGAUACGCUUGUUCACCUAAUAGGGCAACUAGGCAUCAACUACAUUAGAUAUUUCUGGACUCAGGAGAAAUCGGAAUUUGUAAUGUCGGGCCCGGCAUUGGUUUUGAUUUAUCGACAAGGACUUAUUUGGGUUGGAACGCUGGCUUGUCCACUUCUUCCGUUGGUCGGGGUUCUCUCUAACCUAGUCUUCUUCCAUGUCAACUACCGCAUUGUUUGCGAUACAUGUCGCCCGCCCCUGAAGCGCUGGAGCCAGUCCAGGAACACCGCAUUCCUCACAGCUUUCCUGCUGGUUACACUGAUCCUGAUUAUAAUCCCAAUAUCUGUUGUUAUUGGAAGUCAGCAAGUUAUUAACCUGGGCCAGAGCUCUGACUGUGGACCCUUUGGACAGGAGAAGCCGACCUCAGUCUACACCAAGUUCCAACAGCAACAGCCAAUUCUUUUGCAACAAAUAAUGCAAUGGGCAGUGUCGGAUAGCGUUUUACUUCCUUUGUUUCUUUUACUUCUCAACGUGUUUUAUGUUACUAGUUCAAAAUCAAUAACACAGGGCCUACAUAUUUUACCAAAGAGUGCUGAUUUCCGGAGAGAAAAGACAUCGAUUGGUACUCCAAGCGGAGUUGUUACAGGAAACUGAGGACAAUGCAGAACUUCUUGGGAAAAUACAAGGCCACCCGAGUUACUCCUGAAUUAAAAUUAAUUCUAAAACAAAGUUUUAGACAAACUUUGAAAGAAAUUAUUUCCAUGGUUUUGUCAAAUUAAUAUAUUACAAGAGGGACAUAUUAAUAAAGAUUUUAGCGAUU